CCGCCCCUCCCCCUCCCCCGCCCCCGCCCCAGCCUCAUCCCAAGGGGGCGGCCCCAAGUGGGGGCGCGGAGGUCGGUGCAAAGAGGGGCGCAUCUGGAGCUGGAGAGCUGAGUCUGCAGUGCCAGCUGGACGCCCCAGGGGAGGGGCACGUGGCCCUGGAAAAAGGGGGAUCUUGAUUUCAAUACACCUGGGUGCACUUCACCCUCGCCCUCCCAUCCCCAGAAUAUGGGGAUUAGUGACCCAUCUCAUGACCUCUAAGUGAUUAGAGCCAUGUGACCUCUGAGCUCUUGGACUCGGUUCCCCUCUCCUGCAGCGUCUUGGGACCCUGACAUUUUAACCCUUCCAGCACCCCUCCCCAAGAAAAAUCCCAUCUUCUGCAGACCGGAUACAUUGAGGACUUCAACUCCCAGCAGCCCUUGCAGCGUUGAUCAGUCACCAGCCCCCCUUCUUGCCACCUGGCAAGCGUGGGGACCGGUCCGCAGCGGCUAGGCUCGUCCACCCUGCAACCCCCAUGGGCUACCGCCCCCCGCCUCCUCGGCUGCCACCCAAGACAAGGCAGGGAUAAGCACAGGUAUUUCUGUAUUUCUGCCCACACCCCUGCCUUCCUUGUUUCACUUCUCUCUGUGUGUGCACCAUGUCUUGGAUAAAAUGAAGUGCACGCUACUCCCAGCCUCUCCUUCCUCAACCUCUAUACUCCGCAUUCUGUGUCUAUCUUUCCCUGGCUGCGGACUUCACUGGGUCCUAUCUCCAUCUGUCCCCGUAGCUCCCCUUCUCUCAACUUGGGGUUUCUGCCUCACACUUGACUCUCCUUCCUCUGACCCUCCAGCCGCCUUCCACUCUAAGCCUCCCACCAAUGGUGUUCCAGCUGCCCAAAAUGCUUUUACCUGCCACAGUCUGCCUGCCCACUAUAGAUGGCUGCCUCCAAUCUCCCACUUUGGGUCUCAGAAUACCUGCCCUGACUUUCAGUCUGUGCCCCCGUGGGACACAUUCCUUUAGUCCGAGAGUGCCCUGCCUUUUGGCGUGGCUCCAUUGAUUUGUUUGCUCCUUAACUGCUCUCAUUAGAUGGUGACCCCAAGAAGUGACGAUAACAUCUGUCAUCUUCAAUCCUCUAAUCCUGGCUCCUGAGCCACCACCCUCUGGCCUUUGCCCCCUUACCAGACCUCCUCCCUCCUUCUCGCUGCACCUUUCCUGUCCCCAUCUGCGUCUCUGCUCACCCCACUCUUAAGUGUAGGAUCACGUGGCCACUAUGUCUGGGGACUACGAAGAUGACCUCUGUCGGCGGGCCCUCAUCCUGGUUUCAGACCUCUGUGCACGGAUCCGAGAUGCUGAUACCAAUGACAGGUGUCAAGAGUUCAACGAACUGCGAAUCAGAGGAUAUCCCCGGGGUCCGGAUGCAGACAUUUCCGUGAGCCUGCUGUCAGUCAUCGUGACGUUCUGUGGCAUCGUCCUCUUGGGUGUCUCUCUCUUCGUGUCCUGGAAGUUGUGCUGGGUGCCCUGGAGGGACAAAGGGGGCUCAGCAGUGGGUGGUGGCCCCCUGCGCAAAGACUUAGCCCCUGGGGUUGGGCUGGCAGGCCUGGUAGGAGGUGGUGGGCACCAUCUGGGAGCCAGCCUAGGUGGCCAUCCCCUGCUGGGUGGUCCGCACCAUCAUGCACACCCAGCCCACCAUCCACCAUUUGCUGAACUGCUGGAACCAGGUGGCCUUGGGGGCUCUGAGCCUCCAGAACCUUCCUACCUGGACAUGGACUCAUAUCCAGAGGCUGCUGUGGCCUCUGUGGUAGCUGCUGGGGUCAAACCAAGCCAGACAUCCCCUGAGCUGCCUUCUGAGGGUGGAACAGGCUCUGGGCUGCUCCUGCUGCCUCCCAGUGGUGGGGGCUUGCCCAGUGCCCAGUCUCAUCAGCAGGUCACAAGUCUAGCACCCACCACCAGGUACCCAGCCCUGCCUCGGCCCCUCACCCAGCAGACCCUGACCACCCAAGCAGACCCAAGCAGUGAGGAGCGACCACCUGCACUGCCCUUACCCCUGCCAGGCGGAGAGGAGAAAGCCAAGCUCAUCGGUCAGAUCAAGCCAGAGCUAUACCAGGGCACUGGACCUGGUGGCCGGCGAAGCGGCGGGGGCUCUGGGGAGGCAGGGGCACCCUGUGGCCGCAUCAGUUUUGCCCUUCGGUACCUCUAUGGCUCUGACCAGCUCGUGGUGCGGAUCCUUCAGGCCCUGGAUCUCCCAGCAAAGGACUCCAAUGGGUUCUCAGACCCCUACGUCAAGAUCUACCUGUUGCCUGAUCGCAAAAAGAAGUUCCAGACCAAGGUGCACAGGAAGACGCUGAACCCUAUCUUCAACGAGACGUUUCAGUUUUCGGUACCCUUGGCCGAGCUGGCGCAGCGCAAGCUGCACUUCAGUGUCUAUGACUUCGACAGAUUCUCGAGGCACGAUCUCAUCGGCCAGGUGGUUUUGGACAACCUGCUGGAGCUUGCUGAACAGCCCCCUGACCGUCCACUCUGGAGGGACAUCCUGGAGGGUGGCUCGGAAAAGGCAGAUCUUGGGGAGCUCAACUUCUCACUCUGCUACCUCCCCACGGCCGGGCGCCUCACCGUGACCAUCAUCAAAGCCUCUAACCUCAAAGCAAUGGACCUCACUGGUUUCUCAGACCCCUACGUGAAGGCCUCUCUGAUCAGCGAGGGGCGGCGUCUGAAGAAACGGAAGACCUCCAUUAAGAAGAACACGCUGAACCCCACAUACAACGAGGCCCUGGUGUUCGACGUGGCUCCGGAGAGCGUGGAGAACGUGGGUCUCAGUAUCGCAGUGGUAGACUAUGACUGCAUCGGCCACAAUGAAGUGAUCGGGGUGUGCCGCGUGGGCCCAGAGGCCGCUGACCCACAUGGCAGAGAACACUGGGCAGAGAUGCUGGCUAACCCUCGCAAGCCUGUGGAGCACUGGCACCAGCUAGUGGAGGAGAAGACUCUAAGCAGCUUUACCAAGGGCGGCAAAGGAUUGUCAGAGAAAGAGAAUUCAGAGUGAGGGUCUGGUCUAGGCCUGGGAUUGGACCAGGCGCCCUCAGGACCCAUCCCUUCCUGCCCGGACUGUGAACUCAUCUCGAAGCCAUAAUGUCCGAGCUGCUGGUGCGGGGCGGCCUGGACCUGUUCCUCCUUAUCCUGGAGGCGUGAGGCUAGGAGGCAGCAGGCCCAGCUCCCUGUUUCAGGGUGGGAGGUUCUCGGCCUCCAUUGUCUGUCUUCUUAUCCCCAGAGUUCCCCCUAGAGGCAGGGGGCCAUGCAUGUCUGGGGACCCCUGCCCCCACCCCUCUGUCUGUCUCUCUGUCUGUCCCUUUGCUGUCGUCUAAGUCUUGCUGUUCUGGCCUGUGUCCUCACUGUGAAUGUCGACAGACCAAUCCUUGAUGUCCCCUGAACAGACACACCCUCCAGCGUCCACCCUUUCUGUCCCUCCAUCUGCGUCUGGCCGACCCCCCCUCUGCCGCUGCUAUCGUCACCAGAAAUAAACACACUCUGUGAGUCUCAUUCCA